CCAUUUUAGCUUCUAAAAUGAGCGAUUUACCUUCUGGAUGGGAAGAGAGAAUAUCUAAAUCUACCGGAAGGACAUACUACUUCAACAGACGAACAAAUGAGAGUCAAUGGGAGAAGCCAGCGAAUAAUCAAGUUCGCGCUUCACACCUUCUUGUCAAACACACCGAGUCCAGAAGGCCAUCUUCUUGGAAGCAAGACAGGAUAACGCGCUCUAAAGACGAAGCUUUAGAAAUUAUUAAAGAUUAUCGCAAACAGAUUGAGUCAGGAGAAACUAGCCUUCAGGAACUGGCAAGCACAGAGAGUGAUUGUAGCAGUGCAAAAAAACAAGGCGAUUUGGGAUUUUUUGGACCAGGACAAAUGCAAAAACCAUUCGAGGAAGCAACGUUUGCCUUGAAAAUCAAUGAAUUGAGUGAACCGGUUUUCACUGACUCUGGUAUUCACUUGAUUCUAAGGACGGGAUAAAGCAAUCACCAACUCCAAGAACAAAGUUCAUAUUUAAAUAAUUAUGUAGACUUGUUCAAUUUACAAUAAAAUGUCUCAACUAUGAAGCUUUAAUUUGGCAACUUUUAACUUACAUCAUAAGUAUUGUUUGAAGUUGUGUAAAAACUUAAGAGACAACCACUGAAAAUCUUCAGGCUAGAUUGACCAAUCAAAUGGUAACAUCCACAAGGGUCAAAAUAUUUUAUAGGGGCUUUUCAGUUGAGUGUUAUCACCAAAUUCAAACUAAUACCAGCCUGGUGGUGAUUGGCUUUAAUUUUGUGAUGGAUUAGUCAAAGGGAUCAUCCAAGUUUCCCAUACCAAUGUUAACCAAAGGCAAUAUGAUCCAAAAUUACUUUGACACUCAAUUAGAAUUUGCAUUAUUGAUCUUACUGUAGUGACUGUCUGUGACCAACUAAUUGAUAUUAAGCUGAUUAAGUAAAUGGGAGACAAAAGAAAUGUAGGAUCUUUAUUAUUGAGAGGGUGAAUAAAUGAACUUAACAUUACUUCUAGGUCUCAAUGAAAUUCAGAUAAAAUCUGUUGUUUUGUACAUUAUAGUACAUUAACUGUAAGCUGCAUGCAAAGGAUCUACCUCUGUAGAGGCCUUGGUAAAUAUCGAAAGUGAUGUUGAGUAGAUCAAAUUAUGGUGAUUGAGUUACACAAGGAAUUCAAUAUGUAGUAGAUAUUUUCAUAUUACCUCUUAUUACAAGCUUUACAAAGCAGAGAUGUGAAGGAGGUGUAAUUGUUCACAGUUAGAAAAUUGCAUAAUUGCACUUUAUUGUCAAAACUAGAGCAGGUGGAGUUUAGUUUAGCUUAAAAUAUUUCAGAUUCUAGAGUUGCUCAUUCACUAUUAGCAAGUAAAGUAGAGUUCUAAUUUCUCACAACCUUUGUUUCUCAAAUUUCCUGAUAACUUCAAUCAAAACUAGCUUACCUGUUCUAGUCUAAUGCUGUCUUUACCCCUUACUUUUUCAACUCAGACCAGUGUUCUUCCUACAGGGGGAAGAUUGUACCUUGAGGGGUAAGUAUUCCUACCUAACCCAUUUAGGACUACCUACUAUGCCUAAUCUCCCCAUUCCCAAUAAGAACAAUACCCAAGAAUAGUUCUUGAAGCAGACCUCUUAUCAAUAAAGCAAUUCUUAUUGA